ACCGGCUUCAAAGAUUUGCACUGCAUGAUUUCCUUCCUCCCAUUUCCUUUCUUCUCAGCUCCUUCUCAUUUUCAAGUGACUUGCAUAUGCACAACCUUUGUGUGUGUAUGUGUGUUUAACUGCUGAGCUCAAGGGGUGAAACAGCUUGCAACUCACUCUGAUCCAUGUGACUGCAGUUUCCGUUAGUUAGUUCCUUCCGCAAGUUCUAAAUUAAUCUGGUGCUAAGUGAGCACAAACAGCUAAUUUUGUGUUUGUGUGUGAGGGUGACAGAUAAACAGCGAGAUUGGAGGACAACUGGUGGUACAGAAUGAGCCUCCAAGAGCUGAACACGUUGCUCCAAACAGAGUUCUGCUAUUGAAAUGGCAUUAAUAGCAUUGAGCAUCUUCCUAUGUGUAGCAUGGGGAAGCAAGCCUACAGCUGAUCACAGUCUCUGCAAACUAGAAAAGAGAAGUGCUGAUUGCAAUGGGAGGUGGCUGGACUCUGUCCCAGUAGACUUGCCUGUUGAAACAGAGGAACUUCUUCUGGAUGCCAAUGUUAUACAGACACUAAGGAAUGCUUCUUUGGGGCAGUAUCAGUUCCUGCAGAGCCUCAGACUAUGCAAAAAUGGGUUGGAGCUCAUUGAACCUGGGGCCUUCCUUUCCAGCAGGAGUCUUAGUUUUCUCUUCCUGGCCAACAAUGCUCUCUUCAUAAACUAUUCCAUGACAGCAGCUGCUCUAUGGUCUUUGCCUGCCCUGAGGAAUCUGGACCUAUCAGGAAACCAACUCACUGAGGAGAUGGUGGCCACACUGAUCCAUCAGUUGUCCUCCUUAGAGUUCUUGUCUUUGGCCAGGAAUGCUAUUAUGAGGCUGGAUGACACUCACUUCAAAAACUUGCUCCACCUGCAGGACCUGGAUUUGCAGCAGAACUACAUCUUUGAGAUUGAGAUUGGCACUUUUGAAAGUUUACACAGGCUGCAGUAUCUUAAUCUGGCCUACAACUACAUGCCUUGCAUUGUCGAUUUUGACCUGGUCCAACUCCACGUGCUCAAUGUCAGCAACAACCGCAUCGAAUGGUUCCUGGCUGCAGAAUAUGAUGCCACCUUUGAACUAGAAACACUAGAUCUUUCCUACAACCGGCUCCUGUUCUUCCCACUGUUGCCCCAGCUGAAUAAAUUGCAAACUCUGCUGCUCACACACAAUCAGAUGAGCUUCUAUGGCAAACUUUUCAAUGAUUCAGAGAGUACACUGCAUCUGCAGCCACUGUAUGGCAAUGUCACUAAUGUCACCACCAUCAACCUUUGGGAGGAGAUCAGCCAUCGUGCCCUUUCUUUCCUGAGGUUUCUGGACAUGAGCUGGAAUCGGCUUCAGUACCUGCCUGAAAGAUUUUUUGAAGGGAUGGUUUCCCUAACACACCUGAAACUCAGUCAUAACUGCUUAGACGCAUUGUACAUUCAUGAAACUGAAUUGCUAAACUCCCUUGUCCAUUUGGAUCUCAGCUACAAUCAGCUCUUGGGUCUACAGAUGACUUUGGAUCCUGGAGUGACUUUACCUAACCUUAGAUUGUUUAAUCUAAGCAGCAACAGACUGCAUGGCUUGCCAUCUAACAUUUUUAACCAAAUAGCAAAGAUCACUACAGUUGACCUCAGUCACAACCCAGUAGAGAUUUGUGACCUACAUGAAAGCAUCAUUGGUGGUACAAGUCCCAGCUGCAUAGAUAUCCGAAAUGCUGGCUCCUUGAGGAAUCUCUACUUGUCUGGUUGUAGCCUCAAAGUGUUGGGCAGCCAUGUCUUUAGGGGUACCUCCUUAGUACAGUUAGAUCUUUCUGAUAAUCCAAGCGCACUGCUGGGUGGUCUGGUAUCUCUGCAAAAUGUUGCACCAUCCCUGCAGGUGCUCUCUCUCAGAAACACUGGCCUGUCUACUGCAAGCAGAAAUGUGGACUUUGCUGCCUUUCAGAAGCUCAAACACUUGGACCUUUCUGAAAAUUUUCUGGCCAGCUUCCCUGAGUCUUUAAUAGGCUUGAGACUGAGCAUGCUUGAUCUCAGGAGAAAUUGCCUGCACUCUCUACCUCAACAUGUUGUGCAAAAUCAGCUUGGGAAGAGUUUGCGUGCGAUCUACCUCAGCCAGAAUCCCUAUGACUGCUGCAGUCUGGAGUGGUGGGAUGCCCUUCACAGCCUCCGCGCUGUACACAUUGUGGACAUGAGCCAAGUCACUUGUAAUUACUCCUCCAGGUUAAUCAGUGCAGCAAAUCUACCAGAAUCGAUUCAGCAGAGUUGCAGGUGGCUCACAGCAGAUAUGGUGCUGCUUUAUCUGGUGCUGGCUCUUCCCACUUGCUUAGCUUUCCUGGUUGCCUUUGCUAUCAUGUUUUUGACUUUCAGGCAACGGAUUCUGCAAAUGGUGAAGAUCAGGUAUAGAACAUCCAGCCCAUAUUGAUGUGAAAGGUGAGGGGGAAAAGAAAGCCACUGAACCUCAGGAGUGGGUAUAGCUCAUACUCUUCCAUUGUGAUUCUAACCACCAUAUGUGGGAUUUUUUAAAAAAGAAACUGCCUUACUAGUAUAAUUUCCUUGCUGUUGGCCGAGAUGGAACAAUAUGCCUGUAGUCUUGUGCAUAAAGUGAUUAUUAUACAGUAUUUUGUAAUAGGAAAGCCUUUACAAAUAUGAAAGACCAUAGCAAGAAUCUUAUGGUGAGAAUUAAACAUGCUGAAGGAUGCAUGAAUAAAUGCAACUCUCAA